CAGAGCACAGUCGUACUGUUCACUGUCAAACACGGCUGUGUUGAGCUGAGAAGACUUCACGCUGCAGUUGCCUCUGAGCAAACAUUAUUUUUGUCAACUGAAACACGGAGAUUAGAAGAUUUUGGAGGUUUUACGCACAGCACCAGGGCUGCUGGUAACUUGUGUUUACUUUGACAGAAAAUCUCGACCACCUGGGCUGUUUUGUGGCGGACUUGUUGUCAACAUAAUGUGGGGGAUGCAGAGGACGCGGUAUGCAGACAGCAAAGGUUCUGAAGCCAGUGAAGAGACAGAGAUUGUUGUCAACAUCGGCGGGGUGAAACAGGUGUUGUAUGGGGACGUGUUGAAUCGCUACCCAGACACGCGGCUGGCAGAACUGGUGGACUGUUCACUUAAGUCUUCAGAAGAAAUAUCAUCACUAUGUGACGACUACGACCCGGACACAGGAGAAUUUUAUUUUGACAGAGACCCCAAGGCAUUUAAGUGUAUAAUUGAGCUGUAUUAUUAUGGAGAGAUUCACAUAAAACGAGGCAUCUGUCCAAUUUGUUUUAUGAAGGAAAUGGAGUUCUGGAAGAUCGACUCUGAUUUUCUGGACGACUGUUGUAAAUGCCACCUGAAUGAGGUAGAGGAUGAACUUGCAGAGAUCGCAGAGAAAGUGAGAACUAUCCUGGUGGACCGAGAAGGAGAUCCGUCUGCAGCAGGCUGGCAGCGCAUCCAGAUGUGCCUCUGGAGGAUGAUGGAGAAGCCGGAGUCCUCGCUGCCUGCGCACAUAAUCGCGAUAGUUUCUUUUAUCUUCAUCCUCGUCUCAUCCGUGGUGAUGUGUGUCGGGACCCUCCCCGACCUGCAGGUGGAGGACUCGGAGGGUAACCUCACGGAGAACCCAACUCUGGAGGUAAUCGAGACGGUGUGCAUCGGCUGGUUCACUAUUGAAUAUAUCCUGCGCCUGAUCUCGUCUCCAAACAAAAUUAAAUUUGCCCUGGGUUUCAUGAACAUCAUCGACUUCAUGGCGAUCAUGCCCUUCUUCGUGGUGCUGAUUCUGACCUCCUUCGGCACAGGAGUGAUGGAGCUGGCUAACGUGCAGCAGGCGGUGCAGGCUUUACGCAUAAUGCGCAUUGCGCGCAUUUUCAAGCUGGCACGACAUUCCUCUGGACUCCAGACUCUCACAUCUGCCCUGAAAAGCAGCUUCAAAGAGCUGGGUCUGCUCCUCAUGUAUAUGGGCGUGGGGGUCUUCCUUUUCUCCGCAUUGGGCUACACCAUGGAGCAGAACCACCCGGAGACGUUGUUCACCAGCAUCCCACAGUCCUUCUGGUGGGCUGUGAUCACCAUGACCACGGUUGGCUAUGGAGACGUCUACCCUAAGACGACUUUAGGUCGGUGUAACGCGGCCAUCAGCUUUCUGUGCGGGGUGAUCGCCAUAGCGCUGCCUAUACACCCCAUCAUCAACAAUUUUGUCUUGUUCUACAACAAGCAACAGGUGCUGGAGACCGCUGCCAAGCAUGAGAUUGAACUGAUGGCACUGCGCUCCGACGAGGGCGAGUUGGAGGCAGCAUCCGGCACCCAUAAACACGUUUGCGGCGCAGAGAUGUGGGACAACGCCAUGUGCUCCUGUCACAGCGACACACACAUCCCCUUACUGAAGGAUCCCAGGGGAUGGGCGGGGAUCCAGACCCCCAGCAUGGACACAAGCUUUGAAAGCACUGCCGAGGCCACUGAAUAUUUCAUCUCAUAAACACUGAAGACGCUGCUUCAUCUGCAAAGACUCUGCAGAAAACAAAACAUCUAAUACAUGCAUUCAUUUGUGACUUAUUCAAACUUAACCUGCACAAUUCAGGGUUAAUGAUACCAUGAACACUAGAGACAUGAUUGUAAAUAGCCUCGUAUAGGGCCGCAGUAGUGCUCUUGAAGUAUCGUUAAUGCAUUUGAGGAAUCACUUCUAUUAAAGGAACAUAAGUGUGAAAUAUUGACUUGAUGAGCUGUGCCUUUGCGCAGUGACUCCCUGAGGCUGGGGGUUUCUAUUUGAACAGCUAGUAGACACCAAUUCCCCCAUGUAGGCUUCUUAUAUAACAACCCCCAUCCCCAAUCCUCACACUCAUACUGUAGACUGCACUGUAGCCUAUUCCUCUGUACAGAUAUAUACAGUAUACAUCACAAUGAAUGUGUUUUUUUUAAUAAUAAAGAUUGUCAGCUCCACCAGGAGAAAAGAGACAUGUAGUCAUCCCAUGAUAUAAUUAUGAAGUGUGUACAGACAUGGCAACACAACUAAAGGAAAACAUGUUGGUAUUUAAUAGUGAUAGAGACUUAUAAUGACAUACAUUGCAAAUGAGGUCACAAUGAAGACACACUAACGGUAGGGAAUAAAAAAGCGACAUAUCAGGGCAGUCUGCUGGUGAUAUGCAGUGUCAUUUCUGCGACUGUACAUUGCAUUACUGUGAGGUAAUAUAUCAGAUUCAAAACCCAUCUGCUGUGCAGGAAUUAUAAAGCAGUGACUGUGUCAAGCUGCAGCUUCAGAUCAGAUAAUGUAAUAAACACCGGGACAUCAGGAGCUUCCUCGGCUUGCAGGACAUGAACAUGUCACCGCAGCCGUCACCUCCACGGAGGUCCAGUGGAAUAACUUCACCACCAAGUUGUGGGCGAGGGGAAGGAGAAACAGGCUGGAGGUUAAAGAAAAAGUUAUUUACAUGGUUCAAUUAUUAAACUUCAACAAUAGAGUGCAGGUGAGCUACCCUUCAACUCUGAGUUUCCCCCAUGCACUAUCAGGCUAGCAGGUUAUCAACAUAAGUAGAAGGUGUACGGGUAUCACAUGGCGACAGUGUCUUACUGCGUUAUGGCUCUUAGUUUGAUGAAACUGGAAAGGAUAAUGUGUAUUCACACUGUGUCCCAUGUUUUAAAAAUGCACUCUAAAUUGUCUUAAUGGGCACUAUUAAAGUUUCACAGUUUGAAAGGUCUCAUCUCUUACGCAAUUAGUCUGAGUGACAGGAAACUCUUUGCACGGAUAGAACAAUUCUUAUAAACUACAUUAGUAGGCACAGUAGGGCAGCUAUAAUUACAAUUUGACAUAUUUAAUUCAAAUGUCAUGUUUUAUAUGUCGGUGGUUUGAUUCUGUUGUAACCUGGACGGAUGAUUUAUGUCAAGACUGUAUUUCUUUACCCAAUCUUUUUUGGAGAAAUUGUAUGAAAUGAGCAUGCCUUGAAUGUAAAUACAUGCCUUGUGCAUGCGGUUCUUCCUACCAAAAAUGGGGCCUAUGAAGAAGAAUGAGAGCAUUAGCGGCCGGUAGCCUGGGAAGUGGAAUGGUGCAGUAAAAGAAAGUUUGGGUGGUUGAUGAGUGAAUAUAUGUGACCUCAACUCUUAUGUUGGUCAACUUUCAGCUGGCAUGUAUGUUAAAUAUUCACAUUUAACCAAAAUCUUCCUUUAGAUUGAAUCUUUCCCCUCACCUUAAACAAAGUGUACAGCAGGGGUUCUCCACCUUUUUUGUUUUACCUGAUGUUCCUCCACAGCCCAAAUGACCUCAACUUCAGCAACCCCACUCAUCAUACUUGAUUUUGAUUUCAAACUGGUUGUUGUUUAACAGUAUUGAUUUUAUGAACGUGGAUAUUGUUACAAAUUAUAAUAUUAUUUCGGUUUUGGUUUUGGUCAGUCUGGUCAAGUUUGCAUUCGUAGGCCUACUUUUAGCUAAUUAUUUCUGUUAAUUUUUAGCUAACUAUUUGUUUUUUCGUUACCUUCAGCUAACUUUUUAAAACGUUAAUCUAUUUUUUGCUAUAACUAUUGUGACUUCUUGCUUGCAACAGUUUUCAGGUAUUAAUAUGCAACCCCUGUUUGGGAAUCCCUGCUGUAAAGUAAAGUUAACUGUAACCUUCACAGGAACCUCAGAAAAAUACUUUUUCAAAAUAUUCUGUGUAGCGAAUGAAUCUUCACAAUAUUUCAUGCUGGACUUGAAAAGAUGUUGGUUUAGGUAUGUUAAAAAAAAAACAUCAGCUGUUUGGAUUAAAUGAGUA